CUCCCCCGAUGAAGAUCUGCCAUCCAAGUCCCAACUGGAUUUUGCACGCCUUGGGUUCUUGGUCCAGCCACAGGUCAAAGGUACCCGGGAAUUGGUAAACUUCUUAGCCACAAGCCUUUUCCUAUUUUCACUGUACCUUUGAGACCACGUCUUGUAAGCAGUCUAGAGCCUUGUCUGGAAUCAUGCCUCUGUCAGGAACCUCACCCAACAAGCCAGCCCCACCCAACAAGAGGAAAAAGCUUUCCAAGAUCAUCACUGACCUGUCACACAUAACCCAAGAUGAGUAUGAAUCAGAGCCUGAGGCCUCAGAGUUUGACUUGGGGAAAAAAAUCAGGGCACCCAGGGACAUCAUGCUGGAGGAACUAUCCCUUCAGAAGAACAAAGGCUCCAAGAUGUUCAGGAUGAGGCAGAUUCGUGUGGAGAAGUUCAUCUAUGAGAACAACCCCGACCUCUUCAGUAGUGAGUCCAUGGAUAACCUCCAGAAGUUCGUGCCCAGCCUGGGGGGCCAGAUGAUGGAUGUUGGUGGCCGCCUGAUUGGUGGACAGAUGGCUGGUCAGGCUGGUGGGGCCGGCCAAGCACCAGUGCCUCCUCCCAAACCCGGAAGCUAUGGCAAGGGAGCAGGGGGUGGACUGCUAGCAGGUGGGCUCGCUGGAGGAGCUGGAGGUGCUGGAGGUGCCGGAGUGGCAGGAGGAGCGGGAGGAGCAGGAGGGAAGGCUGAUGUGUCAGGAGAUGCCUCACAGAGCGCGGGAAGUGCUUUGGAAAAGGCUAAAAAGAGGGAUGCAUAUGGGAAGACAUAUGUUUCGCCUUGGGAACGGGCUAUGAAGGGCAAUGAAGACCUUCUAGCCACAAUGAAGGCUCAAAUGCCAGGACCUUAUUCUUAUAAGGAGCUGCGCAAAUAUAAGAGCUUUAACAGGAGUGCUAUGCCCUAUGGAGGAUUUGAGAAGGCCUCUCAGCUGAUGACUUUCCAGCUGCCAGACAUCGAUGUGGCUAUUGAGGAGCCUGAACCAGCAGUGGUGUACCAACAUGAUAUCUGCUCACGACCCUCCUUUAACCGCACACCCAUUGGCUGGGGGGGUAGCGCUGAACCAGGCAGCAUUCACAUGGAGUUGGAUACUAUACCAUUUGAUGGGGAGACUGAUGACCUGUGAACCUACAACCCUAAACAAAUCUAAUUUAUGCCUGUCCUAAUUUCCCUGCACUAUAACCAAAAACACACCUAUACAGUAUGCACAUAGUCACAAUGCAUCAAACUGUAGAUCCAUCAGGAGGACAUAUAAAAUGUAUAUGUAAUGCACUUUUAACUUUGAUUCUAAAUCUGCAUCUGAAUGUAAGCUUUAAACAAAGAAAUAUGUAUGCAUUUGUGGAGGAAUUUCAUGCAGGAAGCAUAUAAACUUAAAUGAAGGUGUCAGGUGGAGAAUAAAGUUUUGAUUCGCUUGAUAUUUUGUCAGCAUGUUGCAUUUUAGAAGUGAACAAAUGAGAAUAACGUGCUUUGGGCAACAAUGUCCAGUUAGCACAAGCAGUGAUGGACUGCUUGGCACACACUGCUGUUUUUCCUGUCACUUAGAUAAAGGUAAACAGUUUUGACUGCAUAAUCUGGAACCGCCCUUUAAAUAACAUAUUGUCACACUUUACCAUUCAUUAUAAUGUCAUUUACAUAAGUACUAAUUAUAGUUAUGAAAAUCAUGUACUUGUGAUUAUAAUUAUGUUCAGAAACACCUUACAGAGUAUUGUUGUUCUUUCUAUAUAGUAAAUUACUAUUAUAACAAGUAAAAUGAAAUGUUAGCAUAUUAAUAUACUAAUCAAAUCCAUGUCAUCACAAACAUUAAUACAAAUACUCAAAAAGAGGUGAUAAAAUAAAAACUCCAAACUGCUGUGUCCACACUACUACAUUAAUAAAUGAUUAACUGCUUAUA